CUUGGAGGCAGGUCUUAUUAUCCUCAUUUUAAAGACAAGAAAACCGAUUAGCUUGUUGCAGAUCCCCUGGGUGGAGUAGUAAUACUGUCCGCACACGCAACCUGAAAGUGCUUGGUUUCACGGGCUCCAGGGAGUAGUCGCUGUUGUACGGGCAUCACCAGAGAAGAAUCGGAAACGCCAGGAGGCGACUUUCAUAGACAUGCCCAAGAAUAAAGGUAAAGGAGGUAAAAACAGGCAUAGAGGUAAGAAUGAGAAUGAAUCUGAAAAAAGAGAAUUAGUCUUUAAAGAGGAUGGACAAGAGUAUGCUCAAGUAAUCAAAAUGUUGGGAAAUGGACGAUUAGAAGCAAUGUGCUUUGAUGGUGUAAAGAGAUUAUGUCAUAUCAGAGGAAAAUUGAGAAAAAAGGUUUGGAUAAAUACCUCAGACAUUAUAUUGGUUGGCUUGCAAGACUAUCAGGAUAACAAAGCUGAUGUAAUUUUAAAGUAUAAUGCAGAUGAAGCUAGAAGUCUGAAGGCAUAUGGCGAGCUUCCAGAACACGCUAAAAUCAAUGAAACAGAUACAUUUGGUCCUGGAGAUGAUGAUGAAAUCCAGUUUGAUAAUAUCGGAGAUGAUGAUGACGACAUUGAUGAUAUAUAAAUUGAAGUCAGAGUUUCUGAGUAUUCUACAGUUUGGAUUUUGGCCAUCAACUGUUAAGAAGACUUCAUUAAGCAUGAAUACAGUUUGUUAAGACACACUGGUUUAUUUUAAUUCUUAAAAUAUUUAUUAUAUUUCUUUAAAAACUAAUGAUGCUUAGUUAUCUUAAGUUAAAUGUUAACACUUUAUUGUUUUGAUGUAACGGAACUUACGGAUAAAAGACCACAAUAUCUGCUAUUAAAACAAUAGAAGAG